AUGCAUUUCCAAGCACUUGUGCCCCCUAUCCUGCUGCUUGCCAGCCUCGCCGUUGGUCAGUCAUCUACUACAGCGAGAGCAUUUUAUAACAAGGUCUGCCCUGAGGACGACGGACAGGAGAAAGCAAUCAACUCCAAUGUCUUUGUCACGUACCACUGCGACCAGCGGCCAGUCAGUAGAGACAGAACGGUCAUAUCGGCUGGGAGCCCAGAUGAAUGCGCUAUUAUAUGCAGUAACAGUUCUAGCUGUGAAGCCAGCCUCUGGGCUGGUAAAGAUACCACAGCUGGCCGAAAGGCGAACACAGCCAAAUCUUGUGUUCUUUACCACAGCCUGGGAGAUCCCCUCAUUCCUGAGUCGAACGUCGUUUACAUGACUCACCGAACAAAGGAAGACCCCCUUUUCCCGGAGGAAGAUCAUAGGUGCAAUGAUGAAAAGGUCCAAAUUGGACAUUUACAAGUCCAACUUCACGAUUUGAAGGGCCAAUUGGAAACUUGCCAGGGGAAAUAUGAAAAGGAAGACUUCAAGUGCCCGGAAUACGACCAAGACCAUAUCGAUGACCGAGGAUAUAAUUACAAGGUUUACUGCGGUUUGCUCGACGACGCUGGUUGGACUUCAGACGAUCUCGCUAGAUUCGGCGACAAGACCCCGAAGGAAUGUGUUCAGGCCUGUACUGAUACACAAGGGUGCAAGCGUGCCAUCUGGAUAUCCGCUCAACCCGCAGACAAAAAGGGACCCUGUUGGCUCAGAGAUUACACUGUGCGAGCUGGUCCUGUCCCUACCAAGAAGGCGGGUUAUAGCAGUGCUCACCUGCAGUGA